AUGGUUGUGUUUUACAACAUACUGGAUGUGUCUGCAUACAACGCAUUUGUGGUGUGGACUGAAAUAGAUCCAGGAUGGAAUGGAGAAAAAACCUUCAAGAGGAGGCUUUUUCUGGAGGAGUUGGGCAAGUCUCUGGUGUCUCCCUUCAUUGAAAGACGAGAGCAGCUGUCCCGAACCGAAGCGUCUGUUCGUUUGGUGAGAGAGCUUCAGCCAACACCCACACCAUCAUCCUCUGAUAAGAACCAUGAAGGAGAUUCCAGGAGGAAGAGAAAGAGGUGCCAGUCCUGCCCCGCCAACAAGGACAGGAAAUCCAACACAUGCAAGAAAAUCAAUGCCACACAUGCAAGAAAUUCAAUUGCAAGGAGCACACGGCUGAGUAAGAGCGGUAUUACAGAGAGAGGCUGUACUGAUCUGAUAUCAGCUCUUACUUCAAACCCCUCACACCUGACAGAGCUGGACCUGAGUGAGAACACCCUGGGAAAUGCAGGAGUGAAACACAUCUCUACUCUACUGAAGAGUUCAUCCUGUAAACUCCAGAAACUUGUACUUUCAGACUGCAGUAUAACAGGUGAAGGAUACACUGCUCUGGUUAAAUCUUUGAUGUCAAACCCAUCACACCUGAAAGAGCUGGACCUCAGAGGGAACGACCCUGGAACAUCAGGACUGAAAGAACUUAGGAAUUUGAUGAAAAAUGCGAAAUGUAAACCAAAGACUUUGAGGCUGAGUAAGAGCGGUAUUACAGAGAGAGGCUGUACUGAUCUGAUAUCAGCUCUUACUUCAAACCCUUCACACCUGACAGAGCUGGACCUGAGUGAGAACACCCUGGGAAAUGCAGGAGUGAAACAGAUCUCUACUCUACUGAAGAGUUCAUCCUGUAAACUCCAAAAACUUGUACUCUCAGACUGCAGUAUAACAGAGGAAGGAUACACUGCUCUGGCUGAAGCUCUGAAAUCAUCUCACCUGAUAGAGCUGGAUCUCAGAGGGAACGACCCUGGAGACUCAGGAGUGAAGCUGCUCACUGAUUUACUACAGGAUCCAGACUGUACACUGAACACAGUGAGGUUGUUAAAAAGUGCUGAUGCAGAGGAAGCCUGCGAGUGUCUCACUAACAUUGUGGGUAAAAACCCGUUACUGCACAAGGAGCUGAAUCUGAGCAACAGAACACCUGAAGACAUUAAAGUGAAUCAGCUCUUAGCUUUGCUGCAGGAUCCACAUUACAGACUGCAGAAACUCACGUUGUUUAAAGUAUUCAGUAUAACAGAUAAUGAUUUUGCAGCUCUGAUUUCUGCUCUGGUUUUAAAUCCUUCCCACCUGAGAGAACUGAAUCUAAACUGGAAUAAACCAGGAGAGUCUGGACUGAGAAACCUGUGUGAUUUCCUGAAGAAUUAUAAAUGUAAACUACAUAAACUAAUACUGUUUAAGAGUGUAAGUGUGAAAUCCUGCACUGAUGUGGUUUCAGCUCUCUGUACAAAUCCAUCACACAUCAGAGAGCUGGAUCUGAGUGAGUGUGAACUAGGAGACUCAGGAGUGGAGAAGCUCUGUGAUCUACUGAAGAAACAUGAGUGUAAACUGGAGACAUUGACGUUAAUGAAUUGCAGUAUAACAGAUAGACACUGUGCUGCUCUGACUGCUGCACUAAAGUUAAACUCCUCACAUCUGAAACUUUUGGAUCUGAGAAAGAAUAAACUGGGAAAUUCAGUCACACAACUCGAGGAAUUACUGCAGCGUUCAGGAGGACGACUAGUACAUGAUAACUCCUCCAGAAUUGAAAUUAAACAUCCCUCUGAUGGGAGAGAGCAAGCAGCGUGUACAGUAAGUUAGGAAGCAGUGUGGAUCAUGAUUAAACUCAGCAGCACCAGGACAGUAGUGGAACAGACACUCAACAAACCCAGGAUUCAGUCUUCAGGAGGUUUAUAUAAGAUCACAGAACAGAAUUGGAGUAAUAAAACCAGUAAUA